AUGCCCUCCGUCUACUCAACCGUCUUUCAGAACGUUAUCCGCUCCGGAUUCUCAAAGUCCUUCACCCACGGCUACGCCCAGUCAUUCGUAGCUGCCACCCAUCACAAUGUUCUAAACCCCCAGAACAGGCCAUCCUUUGCUCGGCGUAGCAGCACGAGAUUGGGUGGCCGCCUCUCCAAGCUCGGUCUUCAGGAUGCUUUCCGCACCAGCAGCAACCUGAACGCUGGCACUUCCGUCGAGGUUCGCCAUGACAACAAGACGACGGCCCUCCCCAGCAAUGCCGGUCUUCUGGAUGCCUACUAUGAGCAGCUGCAAAAGUCGCAGGCUGCCCAAGAGGCUGGAGAAGAACAAGAUCAGGAAUGGGUUCAGUUCCAGUUCCCAAAGCUUAUCGAGUGGAAGCCAACAGCUGCUUCCGUCCUCGCUCAGGGAGACGCACAUACACUCGCUUUGGCUGCCGACGAAGUUGCCCAACUAGAUGAUGGCGUCUCCCGGGUUCCGGCAGAGGCUGAGGCCGCCCUCGCUCACAUCAACGCUAGAAUCGAAGAGGAGAUCGAGGUUCGGAAACAGCUAGAGGCCGUCGAGGAGGAACUCGAGUCUCUUCGGGCCACUUCGCCCGCCCUUGCCGAAAAGCUGGAGGAAGAGAUUCGAUCCCGAUCCCGCACUCCGGCCUCUCACCUGCGCACCCCCGCCAGCGUCGCCCGGUCUGCCACUCCUCCGCUUGACGCUCAAUCUAUCAGCUACGCCGUCCACCUCACCAAGCUCUCCGAGGCUGCCCGCUAUGCCGAGAUUCCUGCCGUGUUCGAGGGCAUGCUGCUCGCUAACAUCCAGCCUAUUGCGACCGCCUACAAUGCCCUCCUCAUGGCUGCUAUUCACCUUCCCUCGGAGAAAUCCGAGAUUGUGUCCAAGGCCCUGGAUGUCUACGCUGAUAUGCUCAAGCGCAAGGUAUCUCCUGACAGUGAUACCUACAACAUUCUCGUUGGCUUGCUUGCCUCUCGCUCGCUCGAGGUGUUUGCUUCCAAGAGUCUUCUUCAGGAUAAGCGUCUCCGCUUCGGUGGCAUGGACGAGCCUGGCAAGUUCAUGUUUGUCUCUCAGGAGCUCGAUUAUGCCAUCCUUUGUGAGGACGAUCGUCUGGACUUGGCUUUGAGGCUAUUCCAGUCUUCCAUGAAGUCUGACAAGGCUGCCUACUCUUCCGAGACUUAUCACCAACUUAUCUCUGCUUGUGCUCAGUCUGGUCGGGUGUCGGACAUGCUUCACCUGUUUGAGCAUCUGGAGGCGAACCGGGUAACUCCGUUCGCCGCCACCUUCCCCGCCAUGAUCACAGCAUUCGCCAACGCGGGUGAUUUGAUCAGUGCCGUCGAGUGCUACAAUGAGUACCGCAGCCUCGCCAUUGCCAACGACAAUGGCGAGCCCACUCUUCAGGAUCGCCUCGACGCCCAGGUUUAUGCUGCAGUCAUCAAUGCUUACGUUGUCUCUGACAAGCUUGAGGGCGCCAUGAAGUUCUACAAGAAGAUUGUUGAGGAGUACGACGUCAGCGUUGCGGAUAUUAAGGACGCUAUCAUCAGCGGUGGUUUCGUCAAGGGAUUCCUCGACCGCGGUAUCUACGAGGAAGCACUCCGCUGGGCCCAGAGCGUGGAGCAGGGUGCCAGGGGCCAUGUCAUGAGCCAAAUUGCCAUUGCGGCUGCCGACCAUGGCUACAAGAACGUUGCUGUUUCUGCCUUCUCCACCAUUGCCUCUCACGACGAGGCCGCCGAUCCUGCAAUUGCUUUGCUCGCCAUGAGCGUGCGCCAAGCCGAUGUUGCCAGUGCUGCCAGAUACUGGGCCGCUCUUAGCCACCCUGAGGUCAAGGCCACUUCGUCCUUCAUUGAGCCCACCGCCAUGUUCGCUAUUGCACUCAUUGGCUCCGGCCAGGUUGUCGAAGGCUUGACUGAAGCCGAGCACAUGUUCCAUCGCAUUCGCGAGAGUGCUACCGCUGAGACCAAGUCGCAGGUGGCUGAUGAGAUCGAGGAGGCUGCCGAGUUCAUUCACGAGUUCAUGGCUGCCCGCGGUGUCACUGACCCCCGUACGCUCCCAUCGCCUGUCUCAUACGCCCCUCAGACUUUCAGCGCUGCUCCGUACCCGGCUACUCCGGCCCCAUCUAUCGAGGACACCUUCGACCCAUAUGCUCACAGCACCGACUUCAAGGGCUCCGCGCUCAUCUCCGAGGAUCUUGAAGGCAAUGGUCGCAAGGGGCCCAAGUUGAACGAUGCUCUCGCUCGCUUCCGGAACAUGCGCCGUGCUGGUCGUCAUCCUCGCUACAUCACCUAUGCCAAGCUUAUCUCUGCUGCUGCCCGCGACGGCAAGAUGGAUCUUUGCUUCGACAUCCUCGCCAUGGCCCGCACCGACGUCCCACUUCUCCCUCAGUAUGCUGUCGUUCGCUACGGUUGGUCUUCGAUCCUGGAUGCCAUGGUUGGUGCCUGCCUCACCUGGGGUGACAGGGCCGGCGCCGAGCAGUACCACCAAGAGCUGCUCGCCAUGGGCUCUACUCCCUCUGCCAACACCUUCGGUCUCUACAUCACUACCCUGAAGGAGUCUACCAAGACUUUCGAUGAGGCUUCUGAAGCUGUCAAGAUCUUCCACCGGGCCAAGGCUGAGGGCGUCGAACCCAGCUCGUUCCUCUACAACGCGCUGAUCGGCAAGCUCGGCAAGGCUCGUCGCAUCGAUGACUGCCUCUUCUACUUCAACGAGAUGCGCAAGAUGGGUAUCAAGCCUACCUCUGUCACCUACGGAACCAUUGUCAACGCUCUCUGCCGCGUCAGCGACGAGAAGUUUGCCGAGGAGCUCUUCGACGAGAUGGAGGCCAUGCCCAACUACAAGGCCCGCCCCGCCCCUUACAACAGCAUGAUGCAGUUCUUCCUGACCACCAAGCGCGACAAGACCAAGGUCCUCGAGUACUUUGAGCGUAUGAAGGCCAAGGGCAUUUCCCCGACCUCGCACACGUUCAAGCUCCUCGUCGACACCCACGCCACCCUCGACCCCGUUGAUCUGACCGCCGCCGAAUCCGUUCUCGACAUGAUCCGUGCCUCCGGUCAGCAUCCUGAGCCCGUCCACUACGCCUCUCUCAUCCACGCCCGCGGCUGCGUCCUCCACGACAUGGAUGGCGCCCGCAAGGUCUUCGACUCGGUCAUCAACGAUGUCUCCAUCGCUCCCAGCCCCUGUCUCUUCCAGGCUUUGUUCGAGGCCAUGGUCGCCAACCACCACGUUGCCGAUACCGAGCCCAUUCUCGCUGAGAUGCGCGCCAGGCGCAUCGACAUGACUCCGUACAUCGCCAACACUCUUAUCCAUGGAUGGGCGGCCGAGAAGAACAUUGCCAAGGCGAAGGACAUCUACGCCUCUGUUGGUCGCGAGAAGAGGGAGCCGAGCACUUACGAGGCCAUGACCCGCGCGUUCCUCGCUGUUGAAGAGCGUGAGAGCGCCAAGGGUGUCGUGAGCGAGAUGCUCGGUCGUGGGUAUCCCAGUGCUGUUGUCAACAAGGUGCUGGAAUUGCUUGGUGGCGGUAAUGCUGAGGAGGCUUCUGCGUAG